CACGGCGAAGAGAGGGGAAGGAAGGGACGAAGAAAUGAAAAUGCCAACCGAAUCGUCGAUAUACUGGGACUCGAUCGGUUCCCAGCAUUCCAUUUCUGUCGGUAGUUCGGGGGACGGUUGCAGCUCGGCAAGUGCGAGCAGGCAUUACGUGGAUCCGUGGGAUCUCGAGAAUUAUGCGUACCUUCGUCGACACAGCGUGGCUGGCGUAGCGCAACAGGUUCCUCCUCGGCAUCGUCGGCGAUCGGCUUAUCGGCUGUCCCAAGACGCACGUGCUCACUCCGAAUAUUGGUAUACGCCAUCGGUGAGAGAACCUGGCUACGACGCACCUGCUUUCGUGGAAGAGUUGUAUUGUGGACCAGCCAGGUCGACGAACAAUAGUUGCUACUAUCAUCAGCCAAUCUACGAGGACGAGGUACCGGAUUACGUCGCCCCAUAUCCGGUCUACGCGCCUCUCUCCGGUAAGAUUAAUUGCUUUUUCCCUGACUGUCCUCACCAUCCAUCCAAUCGAGGCCUCUCCACUAAAUUACAAACAACAGAAAUUGUUUUGAGAAGAAAAAUUAAUUAUCUAUUUUGCUGAUUAGUUGUUUGAUAGAUGUGGCAUUUUAAUAGAUAGUUUAUUCAGCUGUAUAAUCAAUUAUUUAAUGAACAAUUACUUUUGGAUAAAAUUAAUU